CCCGCCCGCGCGCGCCAUUCCUCGGGCCGCGCGUCCCGCCUGCCGCGCCUCGGCCAUGGCCGGCCUGGGGCCGCGACCCGCCAAGGGCUACCGGGUGGUGCUGCUCGGGAGCGUGGCGGUGGGCAAGACGGCGCUCGCCACGCAGUUCGCCUGCGGCAGCUUCCCCGAGCAGUGCGAGCCGUCGGUGGAGGAGCUCUUCAGCAAGGUGAUCGAGGUGAACGCCGCGCCCGCCCUGCUGGAGAUCGUGGACACGGUGGGCGCCGAGCACCUGGUCACCCUCAAGGACCUGUACAUCAAGAACAGCGACGGCUUCGUGGUGCUCUACAGCGUGUGCAGCGAGGCCUCGUUCGAGGCGGUGCGGCCGCUGCGGGAGCGCAUGGGCCGGCUGCGGGGGCCCAAGGCCGUGCCGCUGGUGCUCGUGGGCACCAAGGCCGACCUGGACGCCCAGCGCCAGGUGCUGACGGCGCGGGGCCGCGCGCUGGCCCGCGAGUGGCGGUGCCCGUUCCUGGAGGUCACGGCCAAGAGCAAACUGAUGGUGGACCAGGUGUUCACGCAGGUGGUGCGCGAGAUGGAGGCCCUGGCCCCGCCCGAGGAAGAGGCUCCCGCCAUCCCCACGAACGCGCAGGAGACGUGGCCAUCGGAAAGAUUCAUCGGCUGAUGUGCAGCGGCUCAGGUUUCCCGUGUUCGUCGCUUUUCUGGAUUUCUGAAGCUCACUUUGCUACUCUGCCUUUUGGAAGAAAGUUAUCCAGCUGUAAACAAGUGGUUGCUUCUUUAUAUUGACUCACAUCCGUGCUUCAAACUGUCCACGGCGCUUCUUAAAUAUUUGUCGAAAACUUUGUUUACCUCUGACAGUGCUGGAAGAAGAAAUUGAAAAUCGAUUUUUUUUUUUUUGUGUACGGAAAGAGUGCUACCCUUUUCUUCGAGUGGAAUUAGUUACCGGUUUUUUGUUUUGUUUUGGUUGUUCUUUUUGUCAAAACUAACACCUUCAGAUGUCAUCUGACAUUUGACAUUGAUAGAGGAACAUGAAUUAAAAUUUAAGCUUUCGAUUCCAUGAGGCUUUCAUAUGUUUCCCUCUCAUUUACAGCCUUGAAUGGCAGUAGUAAUAUUUUCCUCUCUGCGUAUUUCUAAAUAUAGUUAUGACAUACAUAGCGUUGGUUUGAAAGGGACAUUGUAUACCCUGGGAGGGGAAAAAUCAACUGUGUACACAGGGGAAGAUGGCUGAGCUGCAGCCUGCAGUUUUGUAAUUGACAUCUAGUCAGUUUCUGCCUCUGUAAAUUAAGUGGAAAUAAAACGACUUUAGAAGUUGGUGGUUUUUAA